GUAGGGUGUCUGAUGCAAAUUAGAACUGCCGCUAGGCGAACUUUAAAUGAAAAUGUUAUUCAAGUUUAAUUAAGAGAUUGAUCUAAUAUCCGAUGAACGGAAUGUUGAUCAUAGGACUGCUUAGCUUUAUUUCCGGAGACGGAAAAAUUAACCGGCAUUCUCCCAACCGCAGAAGAGCAGUGGUAGCGGGCGGGAAGAGCUAUUGAUCGUCAGAGACUGAGAACGAGAGGGAGAAGAUCGGGUGCUGCCUGUCGUGGAACCAUGGCAUCGUGGUUGUGAAACCUUUCUCGCAGUUGGACCCAGUCGCUGUUGUGAUCAGCCAGCGUGUGAUUCUGUUCACAACAUGCUCACUCGGCAUUAAAUAUCCGUAGGACGGAUGUAUCCAUCUAGAGUAUCGUCAUCUCAUAGUUUAGUAGUAGAUGCAGACGCGAAUAGAUGCAGCACCAGCCAUGUCUCGCGAAGUGUACGGGAGCAGCAGCAUUAACCAAAAAUCGCCCAAGCCAGUCCGCCGCGAUCCAGUCGCCUCAGCAGCAUCCUCCACUUACUAUAAACCAUCUUCCAUCUCUCAGCCAGUGUCCAGCCGAGGCAGCCCCAUCGGCUCACGCACUGCGUCUACCGAAAAUCCGGCAGCAAACCGGAGAAGCAGUCGCCACGGUUACGGAGUAAGUCGGUCUAGCAACGCUAGCCCCGUAACGUUGCCUACAGACGGCCCCGUGCCGCAUUCCAUCAGCACCAGCGCCUUUAACGUAGGUCAAGGCUCCGCAGGAGGCCACUACUACAACGAGGACUUGGGCAGCCCGACCAUGGACGGGCGAGGAACCGGAGGUCCGACACCCGGCCACCAUCGCAGUCGUUCGGCUACCCGGGUGCCUCUGAGAAAUUACCACUCCCUGGAGCGGGACCAGGACCGAGAAUUUGUGCCCAUCCGCGAUCCCAGAGACCGAUCCCUCGAUCGUACUGACAUGACCGGAUCAGGAAGUCGACAUCCAAGAAGUCGGGAAAGAUCUCUGGAUCGGUCAGGAUACCGUGAUCGCGAUGAUUACGCCUACCGGGAUCUUGACGGACCUAUGGACACUGAUCCCUACCGGGACACUGGGCACUCGAUGUCUCGUUCUGGACACGGAUCUUACGGUGACACCAGACACAGUUAUGGCAGAUCUGGAGGUGACGGUUUUGUGAUGGAAUUACAGUCCAGGCUAAACGACCUGCAAAAUCAGUACAGUAACCUCAAAAGGGAACUGGACGCUACGACCCAAAAACUGGGAUCUAGUAUGCACAGUAUUAAAACAUUUUGGAGCCCCGAGCUGAAGAAAGAACGUGCUCUCAGGAAAGAGGAAGCUGCAAAAUAUGCUCUCAUCAAUGACCAGCUAAAAAUACUUCGCUCUGAGAACCAGAGUCAGUGUAGCGAUCUCAAAAAACAACUGGAUGCUACAACAGAAAAGAUGACAUCUUUCAUGCAGACGAUUAAAACCUUUUGGAGCCCUGAACUAAAGAAAGAACGGGCUCUGAGGAGAGAAGAAUCUACAAAAUGUGUUUUCCUCAGUGAUCAGCUGAAAGUAUUUCGCUGUGAGAAUCAGCUCGGAAAUAAGGGUUUAACUAAUCGUGAUAUAGGAAUACAAUUGAACAUAAGUAUAUUUACUGUUAGAAGUGUUGUAAAAAAGUUCAAAGACAGGAUCGACGGGAAAUAA